UUCUCCAAUUAAAACAAACUUUAAAACUUGAAAAAAAAAGUUUAUUUCUUUAAUACUCAACAAAAACAUUCUUUUAAACAUGCGAUCAAUUGUUUUGAUGUUUUUAUUGGCUGUUGUUGUUAUUAGCUUCGAAAAGUCGAUUGCACGUGAUUCUGAGGGAGGGUUCCCUCGUGGUCCUCCUCGUGGUCCCCCUCCUUCUAUGUUUGAAGAUAAUAAAGAUAAUAGAGGCGGUUUUCGUGCAAGACCGAAUGGAUUUGGAGGUGGAGAUGGAGAAAAUGGAGGACCUGGCGGACGAGGUGGAUUUGGAGGCAGAGGUGGAGGACAAGGUGGUUUUGGAGGCUUCUAA